AUGGUGAACCCUAAUGUGCAGUCGCAGUCACAUGUUCUGUUCAAAAACCAGAGUUUUCGCAAUGCUGCGACCUAUUCAAGGUAUCUCAGAAACUUCUGCAAUCGUCAUCUCUACCCAUCUUUUUCAAUUCACCCUUCCACCUUCACCAAGUAUGGGAUGAACAUCCCUGCCUAUCUCCAUCGACUAGGCUGGGAAUCCCUGGUUGAAAAUCUGCGUUUCAGCCAAUGUCCUGAGGCUGUGCGCUUAUUUUAUGUGAAUUUUCGCUGUGGCCCUGGGAGUGAUCCAUCCUUCUUCACCACUCUGGUCUAUGACUAUGAGAUCAAGGUCACGCCUGAUAUUCUGGCCUCAAUUCUCCAUCUUCCUCAUUCUGGCUAUCAAGCUGGUACAGAUAGGGAGUUCUUCAACUUUGGCUUUCGAUUCGACGAGGUUCUUCGCUCGCUGGCUCAUGAUAUUGGGCGCUGGUUUCCAUCUCAACUUGCAGCUGGCAGUCACUGGCUCAGGGGGAGUGCGCAGCAACCAGCUCAGUCAGUUUCAAUUGGCUGCUUCCUCAUCACUUGUAAUGCGGCUGCUGCUGCGUUUAAACAAGAUGCUACCUCUCGUUGUGGUCCAAAGAGGAGGCUGUUACUCGAACAAGACUUGAUGCUGCCAAAGUUUGUGUAUGAGACAAAUCAAAUCAGUGAUCCAAUAAGUCCAGACACAAACUCUGAUGAUGAGGACAGGGUGUCACGCUAUGCUUCCCCUCCCAAAUACCCCUUUUAA